AUGGCACCCUCCAGAGCACUCGCCGGCCUGCUCGCGGCCGGGCGUCGGGCUCCCCAGGCCGCCGGCGCCGGCGCUCAUAGCAGCCGCUUCGUUCUGCCCAGGACCUACCACUCGUACGACCACCCGCCGCCCCCCGGCGUCUUCAACGCCGCCGAGAAGGCCAUCCUCUCCGCCGCCUACGCCCACGUCCCGGAGCACGGCUUCACUCAGCAUGCCCUGUCCCUCGGCGCCCGCGAUGCCGGCUACCUGGACAUCAGCACGAGCCUGCUGCCCGCCGGCCCCUUCAGCCUGAUCAAGUACCACCUCGUCACGAAGCGCGAGGCGCUGGCGCCCAAGAGCGCCGGCAUCUUCGGCGGCCCUGCUGCCGCGCAGGCCCAGGCGGUGCCGGUGGAGGCCAAGGUUGAGCGCCUCACCUGGGAGAGGCUGCAGGAGAACCGCGACGUCAUUCACCGCUGGCAAGAGGCUCUCGCAAUCAUGGCCCAGCCAUCUCUCGUUCCGGCCUCCCUGCACGAGCUUGCCCUCCUGGCCGACGAGAUCUACCACCUGUCCGGCGACAAGUCGGUCGACCCGAGCUGGUACACGAAGCGGGCCUCCCUCUCCACCAUCUACGCCUCGGCCGAGCUGUUCAUGACGAACGACCGGUCCCCCGGCUUCGGCGAGACCCGGGCGUUCCUGCAGAGACGGCUGAAGGAGAGCUCGGGCGUCGGUGCGGUGCUGGGCAACGUUGCACAGUGGGUCAGCUUCACAGCGGCGGCGGGGGUCAACGUGCUCAGAAGCAAGGGCGCCAGGAUAUAA